GUUGAUACCGGCGGACCAUUCAAUCGUUGUAGCCAAGCUGUCGAUCUGGGCCUCAAUUCUGGCCUCGGAGGAUCUGUGUGACUAAACGCUAUUAGCAUGGACCAGCUACCAAUAUCGAGGGAUGCCCCUCAACAAUCUUUUCAGUUUCGAGAGGAUGCCUCCAUCCUUUCUCCCCGCGAGAUGAUAGAACUUGAGCGACCGGAGACAGGCGUGGCCAAUUCUGUUGGCGAUCUUGCCCUUCUGCCCGUAACCCAGCAUUCGCUAUCUGAUGGCAAAUCGAAGAGGCACAUAUACAUCGUGUCUCUGGACUUAGAAACAACUUCUUUCCGUCACCCUUUCCUCGAUGAAGGAGAAGCCUUCUGGCUAGAUUCUCGCACGAUCGGCUACGUGAAGACAUCCGAGGCAUCUAACCAACAAGAAAUCUAUGCUGUGUCUCUGCAGCACUCGACGGGAGGUUCGUUUGAACCUGUUUCUCCGACGUUGGUUGGAAAGCUCCCACCAGGGGCCUCUGCUGCCAAUUUUAAAUACCUUGUUACUCAGGGCACUUUGGUUUUCUCCGCCUAUGUCUACGAUGACGAAGACUUGGACACAGUGCAGGACCAAGAUGACACAUGGAAAGAAAGCAAAGUUACAGCUAGAGCGUACGAUUCACUCUACGUCCGGCACUGGGAUCGAUACAUUGGACCCAAACAUUCGUCUCUAUUCACUGUGCGAUUGCACAAAGAGAAUGGCGUCUGGUCACUUGAGGAGAAAAUCCAUGCUCCGCUCAAAGGGACUCGGCAUUCAGUGCCCGUGGAGCCUUUCGGUGGUCCCAAGGAUUUCGAUAUUCAUGAUGUAGGUCUCGUAUACACCACUAAGGACCCUACCGUAAAUGAGGCAACACACACACGCCAAAACAUUUACUUGGUGCCCUCACAACUCGGAGAGCGACCGAGGCACCUUACUUCAGGGAACCAGGGAGCCACAAGCAAUCCCGCCUUCUCUCAUGACGGAACCAAAGUGGUAUGGCUAGAAAUGGCUACCGAUGGCUAUGAAUCCGACCAGAAUUUUGUUACCAUCUACGACCUUGCAGUCGAACGGCGGUUCACCGUGGACUUCCACGACGGAGGCGAACUACCUUCGAGGUGGGAUAGAAGUCCAAGCGCGGUUACUUGGUCUCUAGAUGACAAAUCCUUAUACAUAACGGUUGGCGAUUCAGCCAGGGUCAAGAUAUUUCAAGCCAAGGUACCUCUGACCCCCACAACAUCUGAGACAGGAGAGUGGGACCCUGUCGUCAAGGCUCCAUUGCCUAUUCCAUUCACUCAAGAACAUGCUGCGGGAGGCGUGCAAUGCAUCAAUGAUGGAUUGCUUCUGUUUACUAGGUCGUCUUUGCUAAGCCCGAACAAUUUAUAUAUUCUUUCCGGUUUAGCAAACUCCGGGAAGGCUCGCCCAAUUCAUCAGCUUACAAAGUUUGGUGAACCUGUGUUGAAGGAUAAGAAGCUUUCCGAUUACGAAGAAUUUUGGUUUGAAGGGGCAGAAGGGGCACGCGUGCAAGGCUGGUCGGUCAAGCCAGCGGGAUGGUCGAAGGAUGAUAGCAGCGCUACCUGGCCAAUGAUAUUUUUGAUCCACGGAGGUCCUCAAGGAGCUUGGGAAGAUCAAUGGAGUACUAGAUGGAAUCCCAUGGUUUUUGCUCAGCAAGGGUACUUUGUUGUGGCUAUCAAUCCUACUGGAUCCACGACAUUCGGUCAAAGCUUCACAGAUGCAAUAGCGAAGGACUGGGGAGGACGACCCUUCAUUGACCUUUCCAGAGGAUACAAACACGCUCUGAGAAUUUUUCCUGAAAUCGACUGUGAGAGAACAGUUGCUGCCGGAGCUAGCUGGGGAGGCUUCGCAAUUAAUUGGAUAGCGGGACAUCAAGAGAAAUAUGGUUUUAACUUCAAGGCUUUGAUAACGCAUGACGGAAUAUUUGACACUCGAUUCGGAGGAUAUGUGACGGAGGAGCUUUUCUUCUUCAUGCAUGAAUUUGGAGGUCCCCCAUAUGAUCCAGAGGUUAUAAAGAAUGCAGAGCAGUUCAACCCUGCGAACCACGUCUCCAAAUGGAAUACACCACAUCUUAUCAUUCACGGGACUAAAGAUUACCGUCUCCCGAUCACUGAUGCUCUGGCUGGAUUUACCGCAUUACAGUUGAAAUCCGUUCCCAGCCGUCUCGUCGUCUUUGAAGAGGAAAAUCAUUGGGUGCUCCGGCCUGAGAAUAGCCUUAGAUGGCACGAGGAAGUUUUCAGUUGGGUACACAAGUACGUUGGGAGAGGCAGCCAUUACAGCAAGUCCGGUUGAGCUGUGUUGUAUACGCUAAUUGAUGCCAGGGUCACAAAAGCGUAUGGGAUUUCGAUUGAAAAUCCCGCUGCGGACGACAUUCGUUGUUCGUAUGUAGCUGUGGUGUAAUGGAUAGUGGCUCGGAAAUUCUGCGAGUGCAUCCCAACCUUCAAAAAACGAUGCCAAACAGAAGCGCAAUAACAACUAGAAUUCUCAAUGCAUGGAUCUACGCAAAGACCGUCUGAGAACGGGGCCGCUUUGUUGACGAAGUGCGGUGUUUAUGAGAAGAGGCUGGUAAACGAAUCACAGCUGACCGUUUCGACACCGGCAACAGGUACUUAAACCUAUCAACGAUAGGC